AUGAUGGACGACCUUGAUGUUGCUGAUAACAAGAACCUUUGGAAAUACGUAGACGAUUCAACUACGUCUGAAGUCAUAAAUAAAGAUCAACCUAGUAUAAUGCAAGCGUAUGUCAACGAAUUCUCUUCAAAAUCCAGAAGUGAUGGUAUGCAGUUAAAAGAGUCCAAAUGCAAGGAACUUCGAAUAAGUUUCUCAACUGUAAGAGAGAGUUUUGAUCCUAUUAUUAUCAACGACAAGAACAUCGAAGUAGUCCAGUGUGAAAAACUACUCGGUUUAACCAUCUCCGACAACCUCAAAUGGAAUAAACAUAUUGAGACUGUAUGCAAGAAGAUUUCAACUCGUCUAUACUUCUUGCGACAAUUGAAACGGGCAAAGUUACCAUCCAAGGAUCUUCUCUUGUUCUAUGUUACUUGUAUUCGGCCGGUUGCUGAAUACGCGUGCGAAGUAUUCCACGAUUCCCUUACAAAAUACCUGUCAGACGAUCUCGAAAGAUUACACGCCGAGCUUGCAGAAUAA